GUAGACCAUACUCGACAUCUGUUCGGCUUUGGGACUGCGGCUCGAAGCGACUUCAUUGCCAACACGGAUUAUCAACAGUAUCGGGACAUUUUGUACAACUUGUUCAACUCGGUAACAGUAGCCGACUAUGAUUGGGUCCGCGAUCAAGGCACUGCGAGUAACCCAGACUUUUCCAGGGCUGCUGCCGCCACAGAUGAGCUUCUUAAACAUGGUGUGAAGGUGCGUGGUGAGUCAUUUUUCUCAGCUCGUACAACUGCGCAGCCUACCUGGGUUUCAACUUUAAAUUCUCAACCACUGAGGAAUGCCGUUACUGAACGCAUUAACUACGUGACUGGUAUCACCAAAGGAAAAGUCUCUCAGUGGGUAGUCAAUAACCAACUACUGCAUGGCAGAUUUUACGAGGACAGAACAGGAGAACCAAAGUUUACACAACAAUUAUUCAAGGCCAUUCGUAUCGCUGAUCCCUUUCCUGAGUUGCUGCUGAAUGAUUUUGAUGUCGUUGUUGGAGGGAAUCACAAUUUGGGGUAUGUUGAUCAGAUCAAUGAUUUCAAAAGUGCCAGUGUUGGACUUAAAGGUGUGGGCAUUCAAAGCCAAUUUCCAGACUUCACCAAACCAGACAUAACCCUUGUGAAGGCCCGUCUAGAAACCCUAGCAGCGGCAGGACUUCCCCUGUGGAUAACUCAGUUAAGUGUAGGAUCUAGUGAUGAACACCAGAAGGCAGACUGGUACGAGGAUGCACUGAGACUCUACUUCAGUCACCCCUCUGUAGAAGGAAUCUCAUUUCUGGGUUUCUGGGACCACGAAGUCAACGGAAACAAUGCUCUUCUUCAUGGCUACACAUACAAGCUCGACGAGGCUGGCAAGCGAUUCCAGCGGUUGAUCAAACAGGAUUGGAGCACUCAUGUGAAACAAUCUCUGACGUCAGGCACUUCGUUCACAGUGAGAGGUUUUCGUGGAGACUACGCUGUGGUUGUGUACUACAAGGGCAAGCCGGUACAGCGAUCUACAUUCACUCUGGAGAAGGCUGACAAGACGGUCGCAAUAGUUGUGAACUCAACCACAGAAAUACAGCUACCACCUGUUUUUGAUCCAUUUGCACCACCUCAAAACGUUGCAUUUGCUACAUCCAGUGCGAACCUUCAGACAAUAGGUCAAGCAACGUCCACGUCACAGUCUCAACAACUCCAGUGUGUGUCCCGACGAUCACCUGUGUCUGCAAUAGGAGAUGAAAGGACAGCCUCAAUCAGUUGCAACACUGGAGAGGUUCUUGCAGGGUGCUCCAGCUUUGCCACUAACAAUGACUGGCGUCGAGAUGGUGAACAAGUGACUUUUGUGAAUGGGAAGGCUGUUUGUACAGCAUUCAACGGAUAUUAUUCUUCUGCAGGUGUUCAAGCCGAGGCACGAUGCUGCAGUCUCAGAACUCUUCAGUGCCGAUACAGAACUGCCGGCCCAUCGGGUAAAGGAGAAGGAGAUGAGGUCAUCAUUCCCUGCGAAAAUAAUGAAUAUCCACUUGGCUGUGGUACAUGGACGUAUGACGCCGAAUCCGCUGGUACAAUUUUCACAAGUGUCUUCUGUGUAGGACAAAAUGACGAUCCGAAUGUUGGUGUCUAUGGCUAUGCUUCCUGCUGCCAGGCCACUCCAUCCCUUCACUGUGUCACAAUGUAUUCAGAAUUCAGUGGUCCAAAUGUUGGAGACAGAGCCGUGCUGACUUGUCCCUCUGGCUAUUCGUUUACACUGACUGGGUGUAACUAUCACGCACCGAAUGGGAGAGGUGCAGGGGCGUUUAUUCAAGCAAUCAAUGGAGUAGACUCCUGUGUGGCUAUCAAUGGAUACCAGAGAUAUGCUGGCGAGAACGGCGUCCAGUCUGUUGCUGCUUGUUGUCGAGUUGCUGUGUAA